GCGUAUGUCAUGUGCGCGCCAGUUCUCCCGGUUUGUGUCCAUUUCGUAUCUAUAAUGGUCAAUCGAAAAUAAUAAAAUAACAUUUUUAAUUAUACGCGAUAAACUUGUGUUCGUUUUCAUACGUGUUUUUCAAUUUCCUUUGUCAUUCUCCCAUCCAAAAGUUAUGGAUCAUUUUCAUAAAAUGUUGGAAAACACCGAUGGCCACAUCCGACCAGGGAAUCAAAUUGACGUUGAUUCAUUCAUUUCUGCACGCAAUCAGGAAAUACAAGCCUUACUCACGGAAAUAAAUACUCCAAGAAAGAACAAUAAAAUGAUAUUCCAACGUCUUCCAAAAAAAAUGCGUCGUCGAGUGAUGAGCACAACCGUAAAGCGAAUGCCAAAAGAUUUACAAGAUGCUCAUAAAAAAUCGAUCGAAAAGCAAAUUAAUAAACAUGUAAGACGAAGAAAAGAUUAUAGAUGUAGAUCCAAAACUCGCCGUUUAGACUACUUACGACGUCAAAAAAAUGGAAUUUGGUUAGAAACUCAUGUAUGGUUUGCAAAACGAUUUCAUAUGGUGCUCAAAGAUGGAUAUAAAUUACCAAAGCACUCACAUGAUAAGACAUACAGAGCAUGUUACAGAGCAAUAGGAAACCAUUGUUUAGUUCAGGAUAUAUCUUACAUAAGUUGUAUUGAAUUAAAAGGACCCUAUGAUCAAAUUGUUGAAGGGUUAAUGCACCAUGUUAAUCAGGAUUGUGGACGUACAUUUAAAGCUAAAUGUUAUGAACGAGGAACUAGAGAAGGAUCAAUAUUCAUGUAUAGACAUGAUGCUUAUCCAUAUGAGGCUAUUGGUAGAGUAUCAUUUUUUUGGGAUACUUAUAUUGAAGAAGAUACAAGAACACUGUGGAUUUGGACUGAGCCUUCAAUUUAUAAACAGGUAGCCAAUGAGCUACAAAUUACAUUUAAUUUUAAACAAGUAGAUUCUGAGUUUUUAGAGUGGGAACCGCCAGUUCUAAAAAAACCAAAACUUGUUGAAACUGCCAAUUAUUUAAAAGUUACAGAAGUUUCUGAGAAUGGCUUUUCUUAUACUAAUGGUGCUAUUAAGAUGAAUUUAUUAAAAGACACUCUGAAUCGGUUACGACUGACUGGACCAUUGUCGAAUAGUGUUUUGAAUCAUGUACUGUAUCCUGCAGAUUUAAUUAAUUCAAACAAUUAUGAUGAAGGAGAUUGGUGGAGUUCACAUUUGAAAAAUUUUAGAACUUCUUGUAAUAUCCAAAAAGAACUUUGGGAAUCUUUAAGUGGUGCCAAUAGACCAGAAUCAUACCCAUCAAACUGUGUGAUAGGAUUUCAUACUAUAGAUCCAAGGUUGGUGUUUCCAAAGAAGAGAACAAAAGCUAUACCCAGCUCAAAAGAUUUUCUAUUGUCAGAUGACUAUUCUUUAACACUUCCAACUGCAGCAAGUUACUCUAAGAUUUGGGAUUCAAUGGUACGAAAAUGGUCAACUCAGAAUAAGAUGUCAAAUUGUAAAAUUAAUACAUUACGUAGUAAAUAUGUUAUUUCUGGAAAUGAUAAAAUUGCACUGGACGAACAUUCAAUGUCUGUUAUUCCUAUACUUUUAAUUCAACGACCUGGACAGUGCCAACCAAUUUAUCGAACUGGAUAUGGAAGUGGUUGGGAUAUUGUGUUGCCCGCAAAAUGGGCAAUGCCAUUUUGGUUGGGGUUAAUUAUGAAUGGCUGUCAACCUGGAGGAUUAAGAGAUACUACAACCAUGGUUAUAGAACGGUGUUUGCCACAAUCAGAUGGACCUGAUACUGAUGCAGGGAAAAUAAGAGCAGUGCAAGAAAAAGAAGAAGCAAUGCAAAAACACUUUAAACUUCCCCCACAAAUGCGAAAUAACUACAUUAAAUUAGGUUUUCAAACUCCAUUUCAUUGUCCUUGGGAUAUUCUCUGCAAUGAAUGGAUGUCAAACUAUAAUAAAAUUAUUGUGCUGCGAAAUAUUAAAGUAUUGACUUAUCUACAAAACUUAACAUCAAAACUGAAGGAAAAAAUUGAUGUUAAUAAAUUAAAGACUGAAUUUUCUGACUUUGAACAUUGUUUAAUUCCCAUAUCACUUACAAUUUUACAUAAAGGUAUUUUGAAAUCCAAUUCACAUGUGUGUUUACCAACUUCCAAUGAUUUAUAUAAAUUGGAAACUGAAUCUAACUUGGGUCCUCUUGAAAAAAUACAUAAAGAUUUGAAUGAUUUUAAACGCAAGGUCUAUCGUUUGGAACAUAAAAAGCUUUUGAGAUCUCUUAGACGUAAAAGAAUAUCCGAGAAAAAAAAGAGAAACACGCUCUGUAAACGGGUUAAAAAUAAAAUAUCUCCAACAUCACAAAUAGUCAAAGAAUAUUUAAAUCAGAUGAGAAAACUAUGGAUUCCUGAGGAACAGUUAUCAUUGAAAAACAGUUGCAGUCGUGUUAUUUUGGGUUUUUCCUGCCAAAGUCAUUUCAGUUUUUCCAAAUUUAAAAGUGUUGGCAUUGGUUACAUGCCUGGCCCAGCACUGUUGGAACUAUUUAACCUCUGGUCAGAGUGCAAAUCAAACUUACCUUAUGUGCUUGUUCGAAACCCCAGUACAAAUCAGUAUAGAUAUGCCCUUUUAAGUAUAACAAGUUAAUGUGUGAAUCAAUAUUUUACGAUUUUCAAUUAAAUUUAGACUGAUUGAUUAAU